AUGACAGAAACCGUUGUGACCCUUGUCAUCAACGAGCUGGUUCAGUUGAUCAUUCAUGAAUCAAAAUUGCUAAGGGGCGUCCACCGAGAAGUUGUGAACAUUAGAGAUGAAUUGGAGAGCAUCCAGUGCUUUCUCAAAGAUGCGGAUCAAAGAGACCUCCAAGUUGGCGUCAAAAUGUGGGUGAAACAAGUGAGAGAAGUAGCCUAUCAUAUAGAAGAUGUAAUAGAUGAAUAUGUUCUUGAAGGGGCACAGUGUCGUCAUCAGCAAGGUUUUAUUGCUUUCGUGCAUAAAAUUGGCCGCUUAUUGAAAAAACGAAAACAAGGUCAUGAAAUAGCUACCAAGAUUGAAGAUAUCAAAAUAUCAGUUCGUGAAAUCAAGGAACGAAGUAAAAGAUAUAGUUUUAGUUCCUUAGAGCAAGGAUCAAGUAGCAGUGCAACGAAUGUUACAUGGCAUGACCCUCGAGUGGGUUCACUUUUCAUUCAGGAAGAUGAAGUUGUGGGUUUUGAGUCUAUAAGGGAUGAACUUGUAAGCUGGUUGGUGGGAGGAGCAUCUAAGCGCUCUGUGAUUUCAGUGGUAGGAAUGGGGGGAAUUGGUAAGACAACUCUUGCUAAGAAAGUAUAUGAGAAUGAAUCUGUGAAGGGACAUUUUGACUCCCGUGUGUGGAUCACUGUGUCUCAGUCAUACAACAUACCGAAGAUAUUCAUGUCCAUGACAAAGCAAAUCUACCAGGCAAAAGAUACGGCUCCCGGGCAAAUAGACAUGACAGAUGAGAUCACACUAAUUAGCCAGCUAAGGAAAUGUUUACAACAAAAGAGAUAUGUUGUGGUUUUUGAUGAUGUUUGGAAGACAGAGUUUUGGGAAAUUGUGAAACAUGCUUUACCAUGCAAUGAUUGA